GCUCACUUCUAUCGAACUCAUCAACCAUCACCAUACAUAAUCUCUCUCUCUCUCUCUUAUCAUUACACACCAUUAUUCCCAUUCCAUGGUUACCCUUACCCAAUGUCUUCUUUCUUUCGAAUAUUCCGUCGGACGAACUCUUCCGACAGUGCAGACGAACUGGAGGAAGACGACCCGAUUUCCAACUCAACAGAAUGCUACACCUGCACCCAAGUAGGCGUUCCCGUCUUCCACUCCACCAGAUGCGACCACGCCCAUCAACCAGAAUGGGAGGCUUCCGCCGGCUCUUCUCUCGUUCCCAUCCGCGACCGCCCCGGCUCCAAAAUCAUCCCAAACCGCUCCUCCAACGGUGGUCGGAGACAGCGAUCCUCGGGGUUCCUCCGCCGCGUGUACGACCCCCGGAGCAAACGAGUGCAGAGAUGGAACAGAUUCUUCCUGCUGGCUCGCGGCAUGGCGUUGGCCGUCGACCCUCUAUUCUUCUACACGCUAUCCAUUGGCCGCGGUGGCGUUCCAUGCCUGUACAUGGACGGUGCGCUGGCGGCCGUGGUUGCGGUAGUCCGGACGCUAGUCGACGCCGUCCAUCUUCUUCACAUGUGGUUGCAGUUUCGGGUGGCUUACGUCUCACGUGAGUCAUUGGUGGUUGGAUGUGGGAAGCUUGUGUGGGACCCACAGUCUAUCUCGUCACACUAUGUCCGGUCACUCAAAGGGUUCUGGUACGAUGCGUUUGUCAUACUCCCGGUCCCACAGGCUGUAUUUUGGUUAGUGGUGCCAAAAUUAAUCCGUGAAGAGCGGAUAAAGGAAAUUAUGACGACCCUUUUGCUUCUUUUUGUGUUCCAAUACCUACCAAAAGUCUAUCACUCGAUCUCGCUAAUGAGAAGGAUGGCCAAAGUCACUGGCUACAUAUUCGGAACCAUUUGGUGGGGUUUUGCUCUUAAUCUCAUUGCAUACUUCAUCGCUUCUCACGUUGCGGGUGGAUGUUGGUAUGUUUUGGCAAUACAACGGGUGGUUUUGUGCCUAAGACAACAAUGUAACAAGAAAACCGUGUGUAAUCUUGCUUUGUCUUGUGCGGAUGAGAUUUGCUACCAAUUUUUGUUGCCUGAGGGGACAUUGGGAGACCGUUGUGCUGGAAACUCAACCAUGGGUUUGGUAAGAAAGCCCUUGUGUUUAGAUGUAAAUGGCCCUUACCACUAUGGAAUUUAUCGAUGGGCACUUCCUGUAAUUUCAAGCAACUCACUCACUGUCAAGAUUCUUUAUCCCAUCUUUUGGGGUCUCAUGAGCCUUAGUACGUUUGGAAAUGAUCUCGAGCCCACAAGUCAUUGGGUCGAAGUGAUGUUUAGUAUUUGUGUCGUGUUAAGUGGCUUGAUGCUCUUCACGUUGUUAAUCGGUAAUAUUCAGGUAUUCUUGCAUGCCGUUAUGGCAAAAAAGAGGAAAAUGCAACUGCGGUGUCGCGAUAUGGAAUGGUGGAUGAAGAGAAGACAAUUACCAUCACUUCUUAGACAAAGAGUGCGUCACUAUGAACGCCAAAAUUGGGCAUUGAUGGGAGGCGAAGAUGAGAUGGAAUUGAUUAAAGACUUACCCGAAGGCCUUAGACGCUAUAUUAAGCGUUUUCUUUGCCUAGACCUCAUUCGAAUGGUACCCUUGUUCCAUAAUUUAGACAAUUUAAUACUCGACAACAUUUGUGAUCGCAUUAAACCACUAGUAUUCUCCAAGGACGAAAAGAUCAUAAGAGAGGGUGAUCCUGUGCAAAGAAUGGUGUUUAUACUUCGAGGGCAUGUAAAAAGUAGCCAAAACCUAAGUAAAGGAGUGGUCGCCACUAGUAUACUGGAUCCCGGCGGCUACUUAGGCGACGAGCUUCUAUCCUGGUGUCUCCGGCGACCAUUUAUAAACAGGCUCCCGGCAUCUUCUGCGACAUUCACAUGUGUGGAGCCCACAGAAGCGUUUGGGCUUGACGCCAAUCAUCUCCGGUACGUGACGGAUCAUUUCCGGUACAAAUUUGCGAACGAGAGGUUGAAGCGGACGGCGAGGUAUUAUUCGUCAAAUUGGCGGACUUGGGCGGCGGUGAACAUACAAUUAGGGUGGAGACGGUAUGUGGCGAGGGUGCGACGAGCGGUCAACCAAGUGACGGUGACGGAGGAGGAUGGGGGCAGCAACCGUAUGCUCCGUCAGUAUGCGGCCAUUUUCAUGUCGAUUAGACCUCAUGAUCAUCUUGAAUAAAGUCCAAUUUUUUAUUCUUGUAAUUCCGUCACCAUUUUUAUCGCUACAUUUUAAUAUUCUAAAAUAAUUCAAAAAUGGAGGAAGUCUGCAUUAGAUUUUGGAAAAAGUUUAUUAUUGAAUACAAAAC